AUGGCAGACACACGUUUCAAGCUGAACACGGGUGCUGAAAUCCCAGCGCUGGGUCUGGGAACUUGGCAGUCCGCCCCUGGGGAGGUCAAGAAAGCAGUCUCCUAUGCGCUGUCUAUUGGAUACAGACACAUUGAUGCUGCCUACUGUUAUGCCAACGAAGACGAAGUGGGAGAAGGGCUGAAAGAAGCCUUCAAGAGUGGUAUUAAGAGAGAAGAUGUUUUCGUCACCACAAAACUCUGGUGUACCUACCACUCUCGGGUCGAGCAAGCUCUGGACACGAGUUUGAAAAGCCUGGGUCUAGAUUACGUUGAUCUAUAUCUCGUACAUUGGCCUAUUGCGAUGAAUCCUAAUGGCAAGUCCUGCUCCUAUCUUUUUCCCAAGCUCCCUGACGGCUCGCGUGAUCUGGUCAGGGAACACUCACAUAUACAAACAUGGAAGUCGAUGGAGAAGCUGCUAGCAACAGGCAAGGUGAAAGCUAUUGGGGUGGCAAAUUAUAGCGUUCGAUACCUGGAGGAAUUGCUGCCGCAGGCCACAGUCGUGCCUGCUGUGAAUCAGAUUGAGAAUCAUCCCUCUCUACCACAGCAGGAGAUUGUGGACUUCUGCAAGUCAAAGGGAAUUCACAUCACGGCAUACAGCCCCCUUGGUAGUACUGGAAGCCCGAUGUUCAAAGCAGAACCUGUCGUGGAAGUUGCAAAGAGGCGCAACGUUACACCUGCCUCUGUACUGCUGAGCUAUCAUAUCGCCCGAGGAAGUUCUGUGCUAGCCAAGUCUGUUACUCCUGAAAGGAUAAAGGCAAAUAUGGACCUGAUCAUUCUCGAUAAGUCGGACAUGAAGGUCCUCACGGAUUACUCCAAGGAUUUAGAGAAAUCUGGAAAGCUUGUCCGAUAUGUCUAUCCUGAAUUCGGAGUUGAUUUUGGAUUCCCUGAUAAGUCUUGA